GUUGGCAACACUGAAGACUAGCGGUUCUGAAAGUUGUUUUUAAAAUCAGUUCAGGUUCAGAUUCCUAUUAAUUUCAGUACGUUAUAGCAUACAUAAACACUAAAAUUAACAAACGAAAUGUCUGAAAAAAAAUUGGAACUUGGUUACAUGGACGAGUGCAAACCUUGGCAAGUGGAAAGCCGCCUAUUUCCCAGCAAAGCGGGGGGAAAACCAGCUUGGCUGGAUCUCGAAAAUCUUCCUCCUGUUGAGAGACUUCUAUGCAAAAAAUGCGGCAAGACCAUGAUAUUCCUAUGCCAAAUCUAUGCCCCGUACGAAGAAAACAUCAAAGAGAGUUUUGAGAACUACUUGAACAAUUUCCACCGAACACUGUUCGUUUUCAUAUGUAGGGACCCCAAAUGCUGCGAGAGGAAUAACAGCGAUAACUUGAAGGUCUUCCGGAGCUCCCUUCAAAGGAAUAACAGGUUUUACUCUUACGAUCCUCCGGAUGAUACACCCAUGCCGGGUUUUUCUCUAAGCAAGUGGGUGGAUCUCUGCUCCGUUUGUGGCUGCUUGUCACAACUACGGUGCAGCAAGUGUAAAGAAGUUCACUAUUGUUCAAAGGAGCAUCAGGUGCUGGACUGGAAGUCGGGACACAAGAAAGAAUGUACUUCUUCCCCCAACUCAAUUAGGCUAUCGACAAUAUUGUUUCCUGAAUUUGAAAUCAACACUGAAAUGGAAGAGCUCGAGGAGGAACCCGCCACCAAUAAAGAAGAAGAAGAACUGGAGAAGUUCAAAGAGCUCGAAAUAGAGGGGAAAGCAGGGACUAUGCCAGAACUUUCCGAGAAAGACCUGGAAGCUCACGCCUCUGGCACAACGGACGAAGCGUUCGAGAAAUUUCAUAAAAUUGUGAGCUUCAACCCUGACCAAGUUAUCAGAUACAAGGUCGGGGGUGAACCUUUGUGGAUAGCGAAGGAGCCUCUGCCGGAAAGUAUUCCUGAUUGUCAGAUCUGCGGGGCGCCCAGGCAGUUCGAGUUUCAGGUUAUGCCGCAGAUGCUGACUUUUCUCAGAGAGACCGAGUUGGAUUUUGGAGUACUGGUAGUGUACACCUGUAAAGCGAGUUGCUUAGGGGAUGGUAGUUACAGGGAAGAGUUCAUUUUUAAGCAAGAUGUGGAGAUUAGUGAUUGAAUUAAAAGCUUUAUUUAAAAUUUUCAUUCAUUCCCUAUUUUAUUUCACUCAAAGUAAACUUUUGAAAAGCUAAAUCUUUCGGGAUGAAUUUCAGUGACUGAAAUCAUACAUUAUAAGUUUUCUUCAGCCUCAGAUAAUGUUUUAUUUAUAUAUGACACUUUUGCGGAGCUGUCCAUCUCAUAAAAAGAAUGGGUGGAUAAUAAUCGAAAUAUCAGGGCAAGUAAAUUUAGUAGUGAUGCUAUGUUAUUUCUAAUGAAAAUAAUAUGUUUCAAAUAUAAUGCUACCUCUUUGGGCAUACAAUUAGUGUGACAACCGUGAGCUCCUAUUUAAUAAGUAUCAACAAUAUGGCUUCAGUGAAAACACCAAUGAUUUCAGUCAUACUUAUGCUAUAAACUUUGAAACUAAACAGGCUAAAGGCUCCAAGGUUCAAUUUUCUACUAUAGAUGAAAUACUUUGCCUCAGAUUUAAGAAAAAAAAAUGUAUUGUCUUUUAGAACGGUAAAUUUUUGCUGGCAAAGUUGUGUUCAAAAUUGAAAAUUGUCGAUUCAACAACAUGGAAGAAUGUUGGACAUUAAGUCAAUGAAUUAAUGAAAGAUACAACUCAGCCUGAGAAUAUACAAAAUCUGGAGACAUUUUAAUUUCAGAUUGUUUCAAAUAGGCAAUGUUCUUUAAUGUUUAUUUGAAGUUGCCAGUUCUCUAGUUACUAAAAUAUCAAGGAAACCACUAUCUUCAGUACAUUCAGAAAUAGAUUAAAUUGUAUAUUUUAUUUAGUUAUUUGAAGUACUCAAAAUGUAUGUAGAAGAAUGACAAAUUUUAGAUUGUUCCAAAUUCGUGUUUCUCAACAUAUUUUACCAAUAUCUUUACAAUAUUCUUACCAAAAUCUCUGAAAAUACCUUCAAAAUGUUGUAUAUUGUUGGCAAAUCAAAAUAUAUUUUCUGUUUCUACAAUAAAAAAAAUAUGAGAACA